AACUGCUGGCCGGGGGCGGCCGGAGGAAGGCGGGGCGGGCGCGAGAGCGUUCCCGCGAGGUUUGGGCUGAGUGGGCAGGGCCCGGCUGCCACGUCAGGCUGAAGCCGCCAGCUAACGGACCGCGCGGGCCGGGACGACCACGAUGGCUGCUGGGCGGUUGUUGCGGAGAGGCCGGCUCAGCGGUGCCCUCACCCUCGUCCUGGUGUGCACGACGCUGGUGGGGAGCGCCUCCUCCCAGCAUGAAGGCCCCCAUGGACACGCUCACGAGGACCUGCACCACGGCCACAGCCACGCUCAGCACGGCCACACGCACGAGCAUAUUUGGCAUGGCGACGGGAGCCUCCACGAGGGCCACCACCACGGGCACUCGCACGGGGAACACCACCAUGGGCACAGCCACUCGCACGGCGGCUCUCCGCACGGCCACGGGGACUUGCUUCACGGACAUGGCCACGCGCACGAGGGCCCGCAGGACAGGUACAGCCGUGCCCACCUCCACGAGGACUCCCACCACCACCCGCACAGCCCCUCGCACGAAAAUCAGGCCAGCAGCUCCGGUCAGUCACUUCCAAAGAGAGAGAAGCUGGAACCUCUUCAGUUGUGGAUCUAUGCCAUUGGAGCCACGCUGCUCAUCAGCGCCGCACCCUACUUCAUCCUCUUCCUGAUCCCCGUGGAGUCCAACACCUCCCAGCACCAGGCCCUCCUCAAGCUGCUGCUGAGCUUCGCCUCGGGGGGGCUGCUGGGGGACGCCUUCCUGCACCUCAUCCCUCACGCCCUGGAGCCUCACGCCCACCACGGGGAAGACGCGGAGCACACCCACCUCCACGCGAAGCCCGCUGGCCACGGCCACUCGCACCAGGGUCCUGAGCACCAGCACAUGCUGUCGGUCGGCCUCUGGGUCCUGGGGGGCAUCGUGGCUUUCCUGGUUGUGGAGAAGUUUGUCAGGCACGUGAAGGGAAGCCACGGACACGGCCACGGACACCACGCUGGGCACAGCCAUGCCGCCAAGAGCAAGAACAGCGAUGACGAAGGCGAGAAGGCACCGGCUCGGAGACCCGUGGAAAAAGCAGUCCCCGGGAGGAAGGAGAGCCCCCCCGAGUCUGCAAUGCGUGUGGCGGGGUACCUGAACCUGGCGGCCGACUUCGCCCACAACUUCACGGACGGGCUGGCCCUGGGGGCCUCGUUCCUGGCAGGGGCCACGGUGGGCGCCGUCACCACCCUGACGGUGCUGCUCCACGAGGUGCCCCACGAGGUGGGCGACUUCGCCAUCCUGGUGCAGUCCGGCUGCAGCAAGCGGAAGGCAAUGAAGCUGCAGCUGGUGACGGCCCUGGGGGCGCUGGCGGGCACCGUCUGCUCCCUGCUGGCCGAGGGCGUGGGCGAGGCGGCCACCGCGUGGAUCCUGCCCUUCACGGCGGGCGGCUUCAUCUACGUGGCCACCGUCUCCGUCAUCCCGGAGCUGCUGCAGGAAUCCGGGCCGGUGCAGUCCCUGCUGGAGGUCCUGGGCCUGCUGGGCGGCGUGGCCAUGAUGGUCUUCAUCGCCCAGUACGAGUAGGCGGGGGAGCCGGCCACGGCUUCGGGGGCAACGGCGUCCGGCAGCGCUCGUUCCGUGACCGAAGGGGACAGGAUGCCGGACUUGACUAUUCCCACCUUGCUUUAUCCCGCGCAGAAGCCAAGAGCGAACCUACGAGCCCAGACGUCGCAUCUCUCUCCAGCUCCCUGGCGCCGGCCACUCUUUCGUCUCAAGCCCCGAUCGCCGCCUCUUCUACGGGGCACUGCAGGGGUGGUGGGAGGAGGAAGGCAGUCUGGGGCUCCCGAGGGCCAACUUGACGGUGGGGAUGCCUUUUCUGCAGGGCACAGAAGGAAUCGGGG